CGCUUCUCCGGCGCCUGCCUUCCCCGCCCCCCAGCCCCGGCCCCGCCAGCACCGCUACCUCCGCCAGCUUUGCCACCAUCAGCACCACCUCCACCACCGCCGCCACCGCCACCACCACCACCGCCGGCGGCGGCAGCAGCCAUUUCAUCUCCACAGAAACCAGACACAAAAACAUGGCAGAAAUGGAGAAAGAAGGGAGACCUCCGGAAAAUAAAAGGAGCAGGAAACCGGCUCACCCAGUGAAAAGGGAGAUCAAUGAGGAAAUGAAGAACUUUGCAGAAAACACCAUGAAUGAACUCCUUGGCUGGUAUGGCUAUGAUAAGGUUGAAUUAAAAGAUGGCGAAGAUAUUGAAUUCAGGAGCUACCCUACAGAUGGGGAAAGCCGGCAGCACAUUUCUGUUCUCAAAGAAAAUUCUUUGCCAAAACCAAAAUUACCUGAGGACAGUGUUAUUUCACCAUACAAUAUAAGCACAGGCUAUUCAGGGCUUGCCACUGGAAAUGGACUCAGUGACUCACCUGCAGGGUCAAAGGAUCAUGGCAAUGUGCCCAUUAUUGUACCUUUAAUUCCUCCCCCUUUCAUAAAGCCACCAGCAGAAGAUGAUGUGUCAAAUGUACAAAUAAUGUGUGCCUGGUGCCAGAAAGUGGGAAUCAAGCGCUAUUCCCUGAGUAUGGGAAGUGAGGUGAAAAGCUUCUGCAGUGAGAAGUGCUUUGCAGCCUGCCGGCGAGCCUACUUCAAGAGAAACAAGGCUAGAGAUGAAGAUGGACAUGCUGAAAAUUUUCCCCAGCAGCACUAUGCUAAGGAAACUCCAAGGCUUGCCUUCAAGAAUAACUGCGAACUACUUGUAUGUGACUGGUGUAAGCACAUAAGACACACAAAAGAAUACCUGGAUUUUGGGGACGGGGAAAGAAGGCUUCAGUUCUGCAGUGCAAAAUGUCUCAAUCAAUACAAAAUGGACAUUUUCUACAAAGAGACACAGGCCAAUCUUCCAGCUGGGCUGUGCAGCACAUUACACCCUCCCAUGGAAAAUAAAGCAGAAGGCACUGGGGUGCAGCUGCUUACUCCAGACUCUUGGAAUAUCCCGUUAACAGAUGCUCGGAGGAAGGCACCCUCCCCGGUGGCUGCAGCUGGCCAAAGCCAGGGCCCUGGCCCGUCGGUGUCUGCCACCGUCUCUCCAUCUGACACUGCCAACUGCUCUGUUACUAAAAUCCCCACGCCGGUACCCAAGUCCAUCCCCAUCAGCGAGACUCCAAACAUCCCUCCUGUUUCUGUCCAGCCACCUGCCAGCAUCGGGCCUCCCCUUGGCGUCCCGCCUCGCAGCCCUCCCAUGGUGAUGACCAACCGGGGCCCGGUGCCGCUGCCCAUCUUCAUGGAGCAGCAGAUCAUGCAGCAGAUCCGCCCGCCCUUCAUCCGCGGGCCCCCGCACCACGCUUCCAACCCCAACAGCCCCCUGCCCAAUCCCCUGCUGCCCGGCAUCGGGCCCCCGCCCGGAGGCCCCAGGAACCUGGGCCCCACUUCCAGUCCCAUGCACCGGCCCAUGCUAUCGCCCCACAUCCACCCCCCGAGCACCCCCACCAUGCCGGGGAACCCCCCGGGCCUGCUGCCCCCCCCACCCCCCGGCGCCCCCUUGCCUAGUCUUCCCUUCCCACCUGUGAGCAUGAUGCCAAAUGGCCCGAUGCCGGUGCCCCAGAUGAUGAAUUUCGGGCUGCCGUCGCUCGCCCCGCUGGUGCCACCCCCCACCCUGCUCGUGCCAUACCCCGUGAUCGUGCCCCUGCCGGUGCCCAUCCCCAUCCCAAUUCCCAUCCCCCACGUCAAUGAUUCCAAGCCCCCCAAGAAGCUGCUGUCGCCCGAGGAACCGGCGGUGAGCGAGCUGGAGUCCGUCAAGGAGAACAACUGUGCUUCCAACUGCCACCUGGACGGGGAGGCGGCCAAAAAGCUGAUGGGGGAGGAGGCCCUGGCGGGGGGCGACAAGUCAGACCCGAACCUUAAUAACCCCGCGGACGAGGACCACGCCUAUGCUCUGCGGAUGCUGCCCAAGACCGGCUGCGUGAUCCAGCCUGUGCCAAAACCCGCCGAGAAGACUGCCAUGGCGCCCUGCAUCAUCUCCUCGCCCAUGCUCAGCGCCGGGCCCGAGGACCUGGAGCCGCCACUCAAAAGGAGGUGCCUCCGAAUUAGAAAUCAGAAUAAGUAAAAGGAAUGCUCACUCACAGGGUACCUUGCAUGGAGUGCGGGCGCGGAGCAAACCAUGUCACACCAUCCAAUGACACCAGCUGGUCA